AUGACAAAUGUGCAAACCACCACGGCACUCUCUUUGACGCAUGUCAUCUUUAAUCCCGAUGACCCAUUAUCAUAUUUGUUAGCGUACGUGACAUUGUCUCCGCUAGCCAUUCUUGUGGCGUAUGUAACUACAAUAAUAGCUAGGCGAGAAGUAGUCGCUAUCAACAUGUUUAUAGGACAGUUAACAUGCGAAUUGGCAAAUGCUAUUCUGAAAAGAGUCAUACGAGAACAGAGACCGAUUGACAAAUUAGGAGACGGAUAUGGCAUGCCGUCUUCGCAUGCGCAAUUCGUGGGCUAUUUUGCAGUGUUUGCGAUUCUACAUUUGUACACGCGGAUCUACCUGAAUUAUCACACCCCAACCCAAGUAAUUGUUGGUUAUGUUAUCGGGUCUAUAUUCGCGUCGUGCUGGUUUGUGUUGGUUGAACAUGUCUUGCGUCCUAUUGGAGCGUAUCAGAAGUUGAUUGAUUCCCCGGUUGCAAAAUAUUUCUACAUCAAAGACUCGACAAACGUGCCUAAUGUGCUCAAAGUCGAGUAUGCGCAUUGGAAGAACGUUGAAAUGGAUAAGGUGAAAGUGAAAUGA